GAGGAGCGAAGCCCUCCCAGGACCCUCAGGUGACCCCCUUGCCAGCACUCCCAGUGCCAGACCUCCAGGGAGGAGAGACCCAGGACACCCAGCCCCAGAUCCCCCAGCUCUCUCCAUCUGCCUGGCUCCUUGGGACCCGUUCCCCAGCCUCAGGAUGGCGUCCUCCCUGCUUGAGGAGGAAACUCACUAUGGCUCCAGUCCCCUGGCCAUGCUGACAGCGGCGUGCAGCAAAUUUGGUGGCUCCAGCCCUCUGCGGGACUCAGCGACACUGGGCAAAGCAGGCACAAAGAAGCCAUACUCUGUGGGCAGUGACCUUUCGGCCCCCAAAACCAUGGGCGAUGCCUACCCAGCCCCCUUUUCAGGCACCAAUGGGCUCCUCUCACCUGCAGGGAGUCCUCCAGCACCCACCUCGGGCUAUGCCAAUGACUACCCUCCCUUUUCCCACUCAUUCCCUGGGCCCACGGGCACCCAGGACCCUGGGCUACUAGUGCCCAAGGGGCACAGCUCUUCUGACUGCCUGCCCAGUGUCUACACCUCUCUGGACAUGGCACACCCCUAUGGCUCCUGGUACAAGGCGGGCAUCCACGCAGGCAUCUCACCAGGCCCUGGCAAUGCUCCUACUCCUUGGUGGGACAUGCACCCUGGGGGCAACUGGCUAGGUGGCGGGCAGGGCCAGGGUGAUGGGCUGCAAGGGACACUACCCACAGGCCCUGCUCAGCCUCCACUGAACCCCCAGCUGCCCACCUACCCGUCCGACUUUGCCCCCCUUAAUCCUGCCCCCUACCCAGCUCCCCACCUCCUGCAGCCAGGGCCCCAGCAUGUCUUGCCCCAAGAUGUCUAUAAACCCAAGGCGGUGGGCAACAGCGGGCAGCUGGAGGGGAGUGGUGGAGCCAAACCCCCUCGGGGUGCAGGCACAGGGGGCAGUGCUGGCUACGGGGGCAGUGGAGCAGGACGCUCCUCCUGCGACUGCCCCAACUGCCAGGAGCUAGAGCGCCUGGGCGCUGCAGCGGCCGGGCUGCGGAAGAAGCCGAUCCACAGCUGCCACAUUCCGGGCUGCGGCAAAGUGUAUGGCAAGGCCUCCCAUCUGAAGGCCCACUUGCGCUGGCACACGGGCGAGAGGCCCUUCGUCUGCAACUGGCUCUUCUGCGGCAAGAGAUUCACCCGUUCGGACGAGCUGGAGCGCCACGUGCGCACUCACACCCGGGAGAAGAAGUUCACCUGCCUGCUCUGCUCCAAGCGCUUUACCCGAAGCGACCACCUGAGCAAACACCAACGCACCCACGGCGAGCCAGGCCCAGGACCCCCACCCAGCGGCCCCAAGGAGCUGGGGGAGGGCCGCAGCGCCGGGGAAGAAGAGGCCAGUCAGACGCCCCGACCUCCGGCCUCACCGGCACCCGCAGAAAAAGUCCCUGAAGGCAGCCCAGAGCAGAGCAACCUGCUGGAGAUCUGAGCCGAGUGGAAGUUUCCAGCCCCUGGGCUGCCUUGCCAGUCUCUCCUGGCUCUGUGGACCACUGCUUGCCCCUCACUCCCUUUGCCCCAUGCAUGCUGCCCUUUGGGACUCGCUCCAUCUCUCCCCCCAUCAUUCUGGGCCUGGGUAUCUCCUUGCAUGCCUCCUCAUCUCACUUCCUCCCCCUUGCCAUGGGCCCCUUCCGCAAACUCUCAUCUUAGGCCCUCACCUCUUGUCUGAUUUCUGCUCUCGGGCUUCUGAAGCCCUUUCCUCACUACUGCGCAGUUUCUCUCUCCUCUGCUCUUACCACACCACCUCACUUUCUCUCCAUUUGGGCUCUCAUCACUUUAUUUCUCCAUCUCACUAACUCCUUGACAUGCAUUUUUCUUGCUUCCCAAGCUUA